CGGAAUUUAUUUCAGACAACCGCCACCAAAUCAACUCCUUCAUUUGGCAGCCCUUUUUUUUAUCUUCCAUCCCCGUCUUUGGUGAGGAAGAGAGGGGAGAAGAAGAAGCGAAAAAUAUCUUCUUCUUUUUUUGUUUUUGAUUUUUUUUCCCGGUGACCAUGUCGUACGGGCCGUCGGCGCCUCCGACCUCCCCACCCCCAUCUUCAGCUCCAGCUCCAACUUCAACUACAGCUCCAGCUCCACCUGCAACUCCAGCUCCAGCUUCAUCUCCAGCUCCAGCACCCCCUUCAGUGCCCGCCCCUCAACCUCUUUCGGGCAAUCCGUCAAGCAAUGUCUCCACGGGGUUGGUAGUGGGAAUAGUUAUGGCGGGAGUGGUGAUACUGCUGGUGCUAAGUCUUCUCUUCGUCUACCGUAGGAAGAAGAGAAGAAGAAGUGAUGAGGAAAAUUACAAUGGGCCGCCGCCGGCACCUGCUGGGCCUAAAAAUGGUGUUUAUGGUGGUCAGCAGUAUCACUGGCAAGAAAAUCCUCCCUCUCAUGCUGAUAAUGUUACAUAUCCAAAGCCCUCUCCACCACCAGUUCCAUCAAGGCAGCGGCAGUCACCUGGUUACUCUUCCACAACUUCAAAUUCAACAACAGAACCACCACCGUUCACGAGUUGCAGUGGUGGUUCUGGCUCCAACUAUUCAUGUGGUGAGAUCCUUCCAUCUUUUUCCCCUGGGACUGCAUUAGGUCUCUCAAAUAGUACUUUCACAUAUGAGGAAUUAGCGAGCGCAACGGAAGGGUUCUCAGAUGCAAACCUUCUUGGACAAGGUGGUUUUGGGUAUGUGCACAAAGGAAUCCUACCAAAUGGGAAAGAAGUAGCAGUAAAGCGUCUGAAGGUUGGAAGUGAACAGGGAGAACGAGAAUUUCUGGCAGAAGUCGAGAUUAUCAGCCGAGUUCAUCACAAGGAUCUUGUUUCAUUGGUUAGAUACUGCAUUACCGGGUCACAUAGAAUGCUUGUUUACGACUUUGUUCCUAACAACACUCUGGAAUUUCACUUGCAUGGUAAGGGGCAACCUACAAUGGAUUGGCCAACAAGGAUGAAAAUUGCUUUAGGUUCUGCAAAAGGACUGGCAUAUUUACAUGAAGAUUGUCAUCCUAAGAUCAUUCAUCGUGACAUCAAAGCAGCUAAUAUUCUUUUGGAUUUCAAAUUUGAGGCAAAGGUUUCUGAUUUUGGACUUGCAAAGUUUUGUUCCGAUGUCAAUACUCAUGUCUCCACCAGGGUGAUGGGAACUUUUGGGUACUUGGCUCCCGAAUAUGCUUCUAGUGGGAAACUCACAGAUAAAUCAGACGUCUUCUCCUUUGGAAAAACAGAGCAGCGGGAUCAAGGCAAGAUACUGAAGCUUUGAUCUUUCGCUGUUCGGAAUGGUGUCUGAAAGUCAGAAAUUUGUGCGUUUUGCCAGUCGUUAUCCUAGGAUCAGCAUGUUUUUCUAGUUGGAAAACAAAGUUUCCCUAAAUGC